AUGGGUCUCUCCGGACGUAAAACCAAGCAGCGCAUUCCAAACGAUCCGCGUAAUCUCGCGUGGGCGGACGAUGCGGCUAAAUUUGGUUCCUCCUACCUCGCGAAAUUUGGUUUCGAUGCAUCCAGCGGCAAAGGGUUGGGAGCUUCUGGAGAAGGAAGGACGACCCACAUCGCAGUAUCACAGAAGUUGGAUAUGCUGGGUAUCGGCGCUGCUCAGUCGAGGGACCCAGACGGUAUCGCAUGGAAACAGAACAAGGAUUUCGAGAAAGUGUUGGAGCGGUUGAACCGGGCCACUGCUGAAGAUAACGAGCCCAAAGAGGAGAAUAUGGAGGAGGAUCGGAUUGACGAGGACGACUCCAAGAAAGAACAGACGAAGAAAAAGAAGAGAAAGCGUGAAGAUGGGGAGGAGGGCAAGGCCGAGCGAAAACGACGGAAAUCAGAGUCCAAAUCUAAAUCUGCGUCGCCGGAUACCAUAUCUACUACCCCGCCUCUCGAAAUCUCUGUUCCGGACACGCCAGUACCGAAACCAUUGGUUCCAAGGCACCGAGCGCAUCGCGCUCGGGCCAUUGCCGCAAAAAACAUUGCCUCCAAAUCUGCUGCCGCCAUCUCCGAAAUUCUGGGGCUUGCGGCGACACCUUCGAGCUCUGUCACGCCACAAGAAGCCGUGCUGACGUCUAUCGGGGAAGCUGAGGGCCUAGAGAAGCUGACGACGUCCUCGAAAAGCAUGGCCGACUACUUCAAAGACAAACUGUCGACCAAAGCGAAACCCGGAGCCUCAGAACCAGUCAAAAAAGAGGAGGUUGACGACGAACGGCCUCGGUUUGGCUUGGGUGCCGCGCGAUCUCGGGACACAGUGGAGGACGCACCACCUAAAGUUGGUCUGGGGAUGAGUCGUGGCAUGGGCAUGCUUUCAGCGAUGAUGUCCGGUUUCGUUUCUGCAAAGCCAGAGCCGGUAUCAGACCAGUCCCAGACUGAUGUUGUGGUGGAGGAGAAAAUCGAGGAAGACGAAGAAGCCCGCAGGAAACGAGAGAAGAGGGAAAGGAAAGAGCAGAGGCGUAAGGACAAGGCUGAGAAGGCGCAAGAGGUCACGGAGGCAGAACCCGAGAUCCCGAGUCGAAAAUCAUCCGAUAAAAAGAGACGAUCCAAAGAUAAGUCAAAAGAGACAGAAGGGAUGACGUCCAAGGACAAGGCGAAGACAACCUUGAAAGAGUAG